CAUAUGAAUACAACCACAACUAAUCUGUUUCUAAAGUUAAACAAGUAUAAGCAAAUUGGUUUAGUACGGUUGGCAGGUAAGCACGAGUUUUAGCAGUGUAAUUGGAGCAAAUCUGAUGUAGUUUUAUGUUUAGUUCCGUCGCGCGCUCCACAGCGUGCAGAUAUGAGCUCUUAGCAGAUGAUUGGGAAUUUGAUUCCGGUACACUUCUCAAACUAACGAACCGUCAAGCUAACAGCGGUAAAUUGUUAGAAAUUCCUAAAGCUUAUCAAGUUUUUGACGUUUCAAUGUACAAUUUGACGUCAAUCACAAUAGGGUUGUAUAACCAUGACAUUUGUAUGGUGCUAUAAUAUCACAACAGGUAUUAUUUUCAUCACAAACCAUAUUUACGACGCUCUCUUAUUCAUAGCCAUAAGUCAUAACCAUCGGUAGAUAACAAUGGCCAGAAAAAUUGUAAACAAGAAAUUGUUUUUCAUUGCAAAUGACUUCGAUAAGUUGAAAUUGCGAUCUUAUAUGAAAUUAUUCAUGAACAUGCUCGUGAAUUAUUUAUGUUGUUGUGCGACGAAUUAAGUGUUAUUGUUUGAUUAUUUCUCAAGAUAAGGUAUGCAUACUAAAGAGAGUUAUAAUGGAACACACGAAAAGUGUGUUAAUUAAAAAUAGUGUGCACUACACCCUGAAAGAAAUGUCACGGUCGAGAUGUGCAGAGUAUGAUGGUUGCGUCUGCGCCGGUGAUAGUGGCCCGCGCGCACGCUGCCACUUCACAAGUAAAAAGUCACUCGCAGUGGUCGCACUGAGCUCACCCUCAGUGCACAAUUCGCUUUCGUUAACUGUGCUACGUAACUUAUUUGUAAACAAUACCGGUUGUGUUUCACCUUUUCAAAAUAAAUCGAACUCAAGUCAAAAACCACAAGUCACAUGAAAAUCCACUUUUAGCAUUUCUGGCAAAUCAUUGAAUGAUGGUUACAAGAAAUCAGUAUUAAUCAAGGACAAACGCCAUUUAUGCAAGCUACAGCGACGUGAAUGGAAUAAUGAACUGUACAGGAGUUACUCCGUAGUCUUUGGGAAUAACAAUGCUCGAAGGAGUUCGUCGGCCCCAUUGUGGUUACACACCGAGACAGACGAACACUGUUUUACUGCAGUUGCUGUUAAAAUGUCAUUUGAUGUAAAGACAAAGAUACGUUUGCCAUUAAACUCUUUAGUUUUAUUGUUUGUGUUGUGCCAGUGUUAGUUCAGUGUGAUGGUAGAAAGAAAUACAAUGAAGUGUGAAGAAGAGGCGGUCGACAGUCUCGAUGUGUUCACACAGCCCAACUCUGAAGACGUUUUCCUCGACAGUUUGGAACCUAACACGUUCAGAGAAAAAUGCGAACUUUCGGGAACACAAAGUACGCAGCCGCCCAAUGUUCUGGACCUCAGUAGUGGUGGGCGAGCGUCGCUGGGCGCGGCGCUGGCGCAGCAUGCAACAGGGGCCUUCACUGUGAGAGUCCUCAAACUAAGAAGCAAUGCCUUAUCGAGUCUACCAGCUCAAGUUUGGACCCUGCAAGCUCUCACACACCUCGACAUCAGCGACAACAGGAUCACAGAACUGCCACCAGAAAUAUGCCAACUUACACAAUUGGAAGAGCUCCAAGUGAGCGACAACGAACUACGAUCCAUAGACUGCGUGCUGCGGCUACCGCGGCUCAGGACUCUGGUGGCGACCAGAAAUCUGAUCACCAGUUUUGGGCCCAAACCACAAAUGGCGCCAGAAGAUGAAAAUAAAUCAGAAUAUCGAGCUCCCCUUACCACCGUCGACCUGAGGCAUAACAAACUAAAAGGGAGCAUCAUACUUGGAAACUAUGAGCACCUAGUGUCUUUAGACCUGUCUCACAACAGCGUGGAGGUGUUGGUGGUGUCAGCAUUGCGCGGCCUGCGGGAACUGUACGCGGCACACAACACACUGCAGCACCUCGCCCUGCAUGGCGCCAUGCUGAGGAUCUUACGAGCUCCUUAUAAUCAACUAGAAACCCUAACAACAACAGUACCACCGAUCAACCUAGUCGAAAUCGACGUGUCGCACAACAAGCUGACAUCCCUACCGCAGUGGCUCAGCGGGUGUUCCGACCUCACCACGCUACACGCCAGCAAUAACCAGCUCAACUCCCUGCCAGAGCAUCUGUUCUGCAGCGAACUCUCCAGUCUAACCAGCCUACAUCUAGCACACAACAAAAUAUCCAGCAUACCUUCUAUGCCAAGACUAAGAUCACCACUCCGAGAGUUACUCCUGCAUGACAACUGUAUUCAAUCCCUACCAGAGAACUUCUUCUCAACCUGUGAUCGUCUGUGUGUUUUAAAUCUCACUAACAACAGGCUUAGUCGACUGCCACACACCAGAGGUCCCUCAUCGCACUGUCUUGAAAGACUCUACCUUACUGCCAACUGCCUAACUGAUGAAGUAGCAGAUGUUAUAAUAGCCUUCAGAGGAUUGAAGAUAUUACACAUCGCGUAUAACUGCCUCACUAAUCUACCAGAAACAUGUAUCAACUUCUGGCCAGAUAUUGAAGAACUCGUAUUGUCUGGAAACUGCCUUUCAAGACUUCCAGAAAAUUUGCCCCAGUUGAAUAAUAUUAAAAUAGUAAGAGCUCAUUCUAAUAGAUUACGCUCUGUUCCAAUGUUUGCGUGCAGUGCCUCUGUUAAAAUACUAGAUUUCGCGCAUAAUGAAUUAGAUAGUAUAGACUUACGACUUCUUGCACCAAAACAGUUGAAGUUUUUAGAUAUAUCGUGUAACAAAAAGUUGCAAGUGGAUCCUUCGCAAUUUAGCGCGUACAGAUGUCAACGCCCGCUUAGUUUGGUCGAUGUCACCGGACGACAUUCCUUACCUUGGACACAAAAAAGUGUUUAUCACGAAGAACUGAACGGCUCGACGCCUUGGACCACAGGAUUUUCUGAAUGCCCAAAUAAAUCGUUACAGUUAUGUUGUGCACAAAUACGCUUGCCGUCCUUUUGCAAUAGGGAAGGUUUAUUUGCAAUCAUUGACGGUGAAACUGAUAUUGAAGUGCCAAAAAUUUUACAAACCUCUAUACCUGGACUUGUACUCGAAGAGAAAUCUAUCAAAGAAACAGUUAAUGAGUAUAUGAAAUAUGUUGUCCUAUCUGCGCAUAGAGAACUCAAGGAAAAAGGGCAGAAAAAAGGUGCUUGUUUAAUUUUGUGUCAUUUAUCGCCCAUAACUGCACAAGAAAAUGGUUUUGGCCACUCGGCUCGGAAGUAUAGCUUGAAGCUUGCCAAUGUAGGAGAUACAAAAGCAGUUCUAAGUAGACGGAAUGGACCUCUAAGUUUGGGAAUAGAAAAUAACAAAAGAUUAGGAUAUUCGACAAACUAUCCUAAUACUGUGCCAGAUCCUGACGUCAUACAAACAAUUAUUAAAGAAGAUGAUGAGUUUUUAAUCUUAGGGAAUGGACAUUUUUGGAACGCUGUUAGCAUGGAGACUGCUGUGUCAGAAGUCAGAGCUGAACGAAAUCCAGUUCUAGCAGCCAAAAGGUUACAAGACCUAGCACAAAGCUACGGCGUAGAAGAAUGUAUAUCAGUGUUAAUUGUUCGUUUUGAUGCGGCUCGAUCUGAUGUGGAUCUGUUAAUGCGUGAGUUACGGCAAACUAUAAACAGUAAUAAAUCGGUAUGCCGAUCGGAUUGUUGCUGUUCACGUUUAGAGCCAUGUUGUCAUUCGGUGACGCCUCCAAAGCCGUGCAGCGAUCGAUCAUCUCCAAGUGGGCAGAGUGACCGGCCACCAAGUGAAGCCGUCAGUCACCAACAUUAUGCUAGCGUGCGGUCACAAGCUAAAGCAUCGGAACGCAGGAGUUGUCGAGGCGGCGUGGCCCGCGCCAUCCGUGUCCGAGUCGAAGAAGAUAAGGAGGAUGAUCACAGACAUGAAGAAGUAUCUAAUCCUGAAGAACAGUUCAAAUGUUGGGAGUACAUGCUCGAACAAAACACUCAAAUGUUAUUUGAUAAAGAAUUAGAUAAUUUGUCGAAAGGCAUCAAGUCGAAUGUUAGCAGCUUAAGAAAUCUUAAAGGUCUAUCAGGCAGUAGUCCGCAGUUACACUUGACAGGCAAACAAUCGAAAGGAAUGCCGUUCCUCUCAAAACAUUUUGGAAGUGCGAGGUCGUUUGGCAGUGCUUUGAAACCUGACUUUAGAUUCGGUUCUGGUAGGUUACCCAAUGGUGGUCCAAAUGCAGCGUACUUUGGAUCAUUGCAGCGGCUCAUGCCCUAUCAUCUGGAAUACGAUUUUGCUGUGAUACAAGAGAAAUCCACCCAAGACUCCUUAGACCUUGAAGGUCGCAUGCAACAGUACUGGGGUGUAGCGACGACGGAACUGUAAAAUAUAAUAUUGUUUAGGUACUGAUAGCUUGUAAGUUGUAAAUAAAACUUUAUUGUAAUUACAUAUAAGUACAAUUAUUUAUAAUAUAGAUACCAUUCAUCUGUCGACUAGAUUUUUUGCACAAAGUAUUAUAAUCACUAUGGACUUGCCUAUAUCAGCUAUUAUUACUUAUAUUACAUUAAUUCUAUGUACAAUAUUGUGAUAAUGUUUGUCGAAUGUUAAAUAAAUAUGGGGUUACAUCUAUUCCAAUUA